AUGGACGUUGCUAUCUCUUGCGUCCGCACUAUUCUUACACUCUCAGGGCGUGCCGCAUGCCUAGUUGCUUAUACGGUGGCAGGAGUAGUUUGCAUAGUCCGGGAACAUGAUUGGGAGCAGAUUAUCAACUACUACAAAUCCUAUGUUAAGCAUCUCCCUGGCCCCAAGCGUAGGGGCGCGUUCAUCUCGGACCUGAACAUCAUUUGCGAGACCGAGACAUCUAAAGAGUUCAACGAACGCCUUGUACAAAAGUAUGGACGUAACAUCCGUGCUCAGGGGUUCGGCUAUAUGGACCAACGCCUGGUUACAUACGAUCCCGUUACUAUCAAUUACAUCCUUGGUUCAGCUGCGGAUAGAUUCCCCAAGCCCUGGCAAAUGCGCCGGUUCGUCUCCAAGCUCACGGGCGGUGAUAUCAAACAAAAAGCGGUCAACGUUGCCGAAGGCCCAUACCAUCAUCGUCUCCGCAAAAUUAUCGCGCCCGCCUUUGCCCCAUCAACUAUACGGGGCCAUGCCCCUACCUUCAUUCGCAAAGCGAACGAACUUUGCGACCACUGGCGAUCUGUGUUGUCUGAGCCCGCUGCACCCGCAGUGCCUGGUGUCGAAACUGAUGCUAAGGGCAACACCAUCUUGGAUGUCCACAACUGGUUCGGCCGUGCUGCAUUCGACGUUAUCGGACUUGCAGCGUUUGGAUAUUCGUUUGACUCGCUCGAGACGAUACCAAUGAAUUAUUUGCGAGACGAGACUUCCGACGCCAUCGCUCAGAGUGCUCAGGUUGUGCAAAAGACCAGCCAAAUGCUUCUCAAGGAAAUGCGAGAUGCCAACCCCGAGGGAGACGGCAAGAGCAUCUUGGGUUUGCUUCUUCGCAGCAAUGCCAACGCUGCGCCCGAAGACCGCCUUACGGACGAAGAGCUCUUGGCCCAAAUCGAUUCUUUUUUGUUUGCUGGCUCCGACAGCACCAGCAUUGCUACUAUCUGGGCGCUCUAUGAACUCGCCUGCAACCCCGAGAUCCAACAGGCGCUCCGCGCCGAGUUGCGCCCGCUUGGUCUUAAUGAGCACGCUGGCGAGCAAGAUUUUGCGAGCGAUUCGGGUAUUGAUAUCGAUAUAGCUACACCCGACCAUGCAGCAAUUCGCGGCGAUCGAUACUCUUCCUCUCCUCGACCGCGUUGUACCACCCUCCGAAUCGCGGAAGAGGACGACAUUGUUCCCUUUUCCAUUGACUCCCCACCAAAAAUGCAAGACGGUUCCAUUUCCCGGGCUGUUGUCACUGGCUUGGGGGCGGAUGGCGUUGAGCGUACCGGCAUUCGCGUCCGCAAGGGUGAAUUCAUUCAUCUUCCUUUCGAACCGAUGAAUACGAUCCGCGAUGUCUGGAGUGAGGAUGGACACAAGUUCAAUCCUGAUAGAUGGAUCGACUUGCCCGCGGCUGCAAAGAACAACCCCGGGGUUGUUCCUGGACUGAUGUCCUUUUCUGUCGGACCUCAUUCUUGCCCUGCGUUCCGAUUUGCGAUGGCUGAGAUGAAAACUAUGCUCGCCUAUGUUGUAUCGUCGUUUGCCGUUGAGGACACCCCGAAGAAGAUUCUGCCACAUAAUAUGAUGAUGACCCGGCCAUACGUAGAAAAUCAGUGGAGCAAAGGCUUCCGGCUUCCGCUUCAAGUUCGCGCGCUAUAA